AUGAAAGACGAUCUUGUCGAAUCACAAAUAGUAAAAAUGAAUAAAAUAUCCGAAAAAUCAUCAGAUAAUCACGAUAAACCUUCAAUGAUAGCUCAGCUUGCAAGUUUACAAAGACUAAAAGAAGUUGGUUGGUACUGGGGUCCAUUAAGUUGGAUUGAAGCUGAACGAUUACUCAAAGAUAAACAAGAUUAUUCAUUUAUCGUUCGAGAUAGUAGUCAUCGACAUUAUUUUUUAGCAAUAACAUUUAAAUCACAAGGCAAUAUUCAUCAUACUCGAAUUGAACAUAGCAACAAUUCCUUUAGUUUUUAUCAUGGAAAUUCAAAAUCACAGUGUACAUCACCUGAUAUUGUCGAAUUUAUCGAAAAUACAAUUGAACAUUCAAAAUCGGGUCAAUUUAUGUUUUUUAUUCGAUCAAAUAUACCCGGUCAACCAAUGACGCCUGUUCGUCUUCUAUAUCCAGUAUCACGUUUUGCGUAUAUGUCAUCAUUAAAACAUAUAGCCCGGUUUGUAAUACAUCGACAAAUAAGUCGAGAUCGUAUCGAUGAUCUUGAUCUUCCACGACGAUUAAAAUCAUUUUUAAAAGAAGCUCAGAUUUAUACUGAAAAUAUUCCUUCAUCAGAUGAUACAUCAGAAACUUGA